AUGCUGUCGUUUAUACUAGCUGUUUUAUUUUGCUCAAAUAUUGUUAUUGCUGUUGAUGAUCAUCAACAUUGGAUGAAAUUUACUGAAGAGGCUUUAAAUAAAUUACGAAUACCAUCGGAUCGUCUACUUACAUCAAUUUCCUACGAUGAAUUUGAAUUAUUUAAUGAUUAUCAAUGUGCUAUAGAAUGUGUUAAAGAUAAAAACAAUUGUAUUGGUUAUGCAUUUGAUGACACAACACAUUUAUGUUCAUUGUUCGAGGGUUCUGCUGAAGCAAUAAACAAUGAUGUGAUUAAAUUGCGAGAACAAUUAAAACCAAAAGCAUGUGACACUGUUAAAUGUAAACCCGACACUAUUUGCAUUGGAGAUGACAAACCAACGUGUAUAUGUCUGAAUGGAGGACUGACACCUGACGCUUGUGAUAGGAUAGAUAUUGGUACAUGGACUGAUUUUAGUGAUUGGUCAACAUGUAGUGUAACAUGUGGUGAAGGUUAUCGAUUUCGAAAACGAGAAUGUUUAUUAGCAAAUGACGGAAGUCAAAAGAUUUCAAGUGAUAACUGUAUUGGUAAAGAUAUUGAAAUACAACCAUGUAAUAUAACAACAUGUCCAAUAUAUGGAUCAUGGUCACCAUGGACACCCUGUUCAACAUUUUGUGGAAUUGGUAUAAAACAACGUAAUCGUUCUUGUAUUCCACCAGAUUCAAAUUGUGGAAAUUACACAUUUGAACAACGAGCUUGUGGUGAAGCUGAUUGUCAACGUGUUGUUGGAAUCAAAGAAACAGAACCCGAGAAAUAUUCAAUGAAAGGUUAUUUAGCGGUACGAGAAGGUGAUAUUUUAUGUGUUUCACAAAAUAGUAGUACGGUAGUAAAACAUAUGGCUGAUUUAGUUUGUAAAUCGAUUGGUUGUACUCGUGGAGCACAAUAUGCUGUUCCUUAUCCAAUUCUAAAGAAUUCAACUUGUUAUCCUGGUAUUAUAUGUGAUGGUACAGAAAAAAAUUUUUAUGAUUGCAAAUAUGAUCGAUCACAAAUAUCGUCUGGUACUAAUGAUUUAUUUGCUAUUAUUACUCGAUGUAUUGUUGAUGGCGGUUUUUCACAUUGGUCGGAAUGGUCACCAUGCACAAAAUCAUGUGAUAUUGGUCAAACCACUCGUUCUCGAACAUGUACUGAACCGUCACCAUCUAUACUCGAACCUGAAACUAUGUCUACAAAUUCUUCAUUAGCUGGAAUGAAUUGUACAGGAGAGUAUACACAAGUGAAGACUUGUAAUGAACAAAAGUGUUAA